AUGAACACCUUGAUCAUUUUGUCCACCAUUCUGGCGGUAGCGUUCGCCAAGCCAGGUCUGUUCCUAAGUCCUCAAAUCGCAACGUACUCGGUCCCAGUUCUAACGAAGUUAGUCCCAGGAGCACCGAUUGGCCUAGAUGGCCGCGUGGUAGACACACCGGAAGUCGCCUACGCGAAGGCAGAACACGCUGCCGCCCACAUCAACGAGAGGAUCACCCUGGCCAACGAAGCAGUGAGGUCCGCUGAUCAUCUGAUCGCCUACACCUCGCCUGUCCUGGCUACCAGUAACCUGGAAAACCUGAGCAUCGCGAAAAUCGUCCCCUCAGCGCCCAUUGGACCCGAUGGCCGCGUAGUAGACACACCGGAAGUCGCCUACGCGAAGGCAGAACACGCGGCUGCUCACAUUAACGAAAAACUCGGCCUGUCCGCUGAGGCUGGCAAACCAAUUGGCAUCCCCUUGUUACUCUCCCCGUACUCUGCUCCAGUUAUCCACAGUCUUAGUUAG